AUGUCUGCUUCAACACCACAAAAUUCAACUACACUUGACAACUAUGACUUUGCGCAUAAUCCACCAAUCCCCCAAAGUAACCAGCAUAAUAGAGGUGUCAGCAGCUUCAGUCCUUCGGCGUUGACAAGCGCAUUUCGAAUGCUGGAUCCAAACACCCACAGUUCAUCUGUGUCCUCGCAACACAUUGCGACCACAUCGGAUGUGCAUGCCGUCAUCCCUGCUCAGAUGGCAAAUCCCAAACAGCCCAUCGAGCAGAAAUGCUGUCCCGCAUGGUUCCCCGCAUACUUCACCAACCUCCGGUUACGCAGCUACGGGAAGGGUCUACUUGUCUCCGCAUGCAUCCCCAAUGCCGAGACCAAUCGGCCACACUUCGCCCGGGUCCUCGCAAUGCGGCAUGACCACCUCGGAUGCGUAUUCCGUCGUACCUAUGAUGGCAAACCCCACUCAUACAACACGAGUAGCGCUGCCUUGUGGACGCCAGACAAUCCCGGGCCUGCUGUCUCACAUGGCCCCUCGCAAAGUGUGCCAUAUCUCCACGAUCUAGAAGGUACCAGCCUGAGACCGAUCGGCCACACUUUGCUCGCGUCCUCGCAACGCGGUAUGACCGCCUCGGAUAUGCAUUCUGCUGUUCCCAUGAUGGCAAAUCCAAAUGCUGUCUCGUGGACACCAGGCAAUCUCAGGACUGCUGUCUCACAUGACCCUUCGCAAAGUGUGCGAUAUCAUCUUCAUGAUCUAGGAGGCAUAAGCGCCAGUUUUCAGCUCCCUCCGGCCCAGUCGGGACUGCCGAUGAGCCAGCCAUCUCCCCUCCUCUGCCGGAACCUUGGAGGAUUUAAAACAGCAUUGGCAUGA